AUGCCGCCGCGAGAACAGAUCCUCGGCGAGAGCGCGUCAACCAUUGAAGCGCGAGACGAUCACGGAGAUGACUUCUUUGCAGAAACUAGCCAGCUGACUUCAGUUAUCCCGACAAAGAAGCGCGCCUUCGUUGAAGUCUUGACCCGCGCGAACGAGAAGUUGCGCUCCGUGUUCGGGCUCGAGAUUGUCGAGCUGCGUGCGCGGAGGAAGGGCGACCUCGACGACCCGCAGACCCAGGCUCAAACACAAGCACAGACGCAGCGGAAGAAGAAGCGGCGGCGUCGGAAGGACGACGCGUCUGACGCAUCGGGCUCGGAGGAGGAGGAGGAAGACGGCGAGAUGGCCACUGCAAAGGCCCUGAUCGCGGAAAUGACGAAACCGAACCCGCUCCCCUUGCCCGAGGACGAAGCGGCGGCAGAGGCGGCGCAGGCGGAUUCGGGUGCCGUGCUGCAGUGGGAGAAGGCGGAUGCGUCGCAGACCGGCGCGCUCGGAUUGCUCGGUAUUCGUACCGUUAUCCUGUGUAUCAUCCUCAGUCUCGGACGGAGCGUGCCCGACGACCAGCUGCACUCCCUCCUCCGCCGCCUCGGAUUGCACCGCGACACAGUGCUCCCGUAUGCCUCUAAGGACGGAACGGGAGAGAAGCUCACUCUCGACAAGUACCUCGAUCUGCUGGCGCGUAAACGCUACUUGGAGAAGGCGGAAAGCGGAGGUACUGGCGGCCAGCCCAAGGUCAUCGAAUGGCGGUGGGGUGCGCGCGAGGCCGAGUUCAGCGAGAAGGCGGCCGGCGCGUUCAUCGAGAAGAUCUUCUUCGACCAGGCCGAGUCCGAUUCGGACGACGAGGACGGCGAGGCGAUCCGCGCGAGGGAAGCGAAUAGGAAGCGCGUCCGGAACGAGCUUGAGCGUGCGGCGGGUGGACCCCUUACCGAGACGUGA